GGGAUGACUUCCAGACAAGACGUCAGACAGAUAAAUGUCAGCUUGUCUCCCUGUGGGAUGAGUGGGUAAAGGGGGAGGUGAAGAGAAGGAUCUAAUCGUUUAAAUUUCAUCUUGACAUCUGGGAUUGGACAUUGUAGACAGCUGAUGGGUUACUAACAAGCACAUAUAUGAAUCGAGCACAUGCCAUUCCUUAACUAGAGUGCCAUAGAGCUAACGUUGUCCUAAAAUAAUACAUUACAGAGGAAGGAAUUCUGGGAAAGGGGUAUUUAUCUCAUUCAUUCAUUUCUUUGUUGCUGUAAUUGCUUUGAGUAAGGGAGUAAUCAAGAGACAAUGAUGGUGAAAGGUGAAUUGUUAUUUGUACAAGUCUUAAUUUCGAUCAAGCAGAAUUCUUUUAUGUGGUGUAUAUAUUUAAUUGUAAUUAUGGGAAUUGAAAAGAAGAAGAAGAAAAAAACCAACAACAAACAGUGGUGUGACUUUGAGAGUUUUGUUCACCCCACCCAUUUAAACCUGUUAUCCACAGGUCACUGCUUGAUGUUUUAAACCCAAUCUCUAUAUUUUGAAAGUUUGUCUUUUUAUUUAAAAUAAUGAAUUUGGUCUAGAUUUGACUGCGUUACACAGACACGAGCAGGAAUCUGCUUGCCGUAUAGUGUUUUUAAAGGUAUUCGUGUGAUCAUUGCUGCAGUUAGAGAUGACUGCAGUUAAAGGGCUCAGACAGACAGACAACAUGUGUGCUUUGCCCACACUCAGACGUCGGGGUCACGCCAAGGUCACGCACCAUGUUUCUCCCACAGCCCGCCUUGUUUGGUUGGGUCUGGUGUGAAGUGGAGCUCUAACACAAAUAACUCCGUCCUAAAGCGCAUGUACAGUGUGUCAAAACAGGAACUCUGGUAAUACCAGGACAGCGGUCGUACCCGCAACCCUAGACCCGUGGGUUGGGUUUUAAAGAGUGUUAGUUUGACAGUCAUUAGUGCGGUUUGAGACGCAGCCCAGUCAUCCUGAUCAACCACCCAUAAUAUACCCCCUCCCGCACACAGUACACCCCCCCGCCGCCGAAAGCACACAAUACCCCCUCGUGCAGCGGAGUCACCAGGAAGCGGGUGGUUUAUCAGGAGGCGGCCGUCCAGCCCUCGGGAUUGGAGGGUUGUAGUGUGCGAGACGGUGCAGUGAUCUGAGUAAGGGCAAGAGAAGGGUUACACACACAGUCUGUCUGCUUCAUUCAACACCAACACACCGGCUCUCAUUCACCGAGUUCCACAAAACGGAAGUAAGAAAAGCGACAGACUUGUUCGGCGUUAAUAGAGCACGGGGAUUGUUUCCCCCCACAGCGAGUAUGUGGUGAAGACGAUGCGAGUGGCGCGGAGAGCCGGUGGAAGUUGUCGCUGUGGCGAGCUCCAUGCAGAACCAGAGCGGAGCGGCUAGCGGAAGCGGCUACGGCUCCAAUGGCGCCUGCGUGUGUAACUGCACCGGAGCCCAAGUUCAGGGAAUGGACAUAUCUGAAUUGGAGUUUGUGCAGAUAAUAAUCAUAAUCGUGGUGAUGAUGGUGAUGGUGGUGGUGAUUAUCUGUCUUCUGAACCACUAUAAACUCUCGACGUGGUCCUUGAUGAGCAGGCUGGGCCAGGCCAGGAGGCAGGAGCACCCACUGCAGCCGGAGGGAUGUUUUUGGCCAUCAGAUAGUGGAUCCAGACAAGGAGCUUCAGAGGUGGUGUAUGCUCCUCAUCCUCGUGAGCGCUUCAGCACUCCCUCAUUCCUGCAGCGAGAUCGUUUUAGCCGUUUCCAGCCUACCUACCCUCUCCUGCAGCAACACAUCGACCUGCCGCCCACCAUCGCACUUUCAGAUGGAGAGGAGCCGCCGCCGUACCAGGGCCCGUGCCCGCUGCAGCUGCGCAACCCCGAGCAACAGCUCGAGCUGAACCGCGAGUCCGUGCGAGCACCACCCAACCGCACGGUCUUCGACAGUGACCUGAUGGACAGCCAUGGCCCGUGCCCACCUAGCACCAACACAGGCGUCAGUGCCGCCAACUGGAGUGCCCACGGACGCACAGAGGGCCCUCCACCUGCCUACAGCGAGGUCAUGGGCCACUACCCAGGCACGGCAUUUUACCUUCACCAGCACAGCAAUAACCAGUCCUCCUCCGUGCCAACUGUGCCCGGUGCCAGGACGCGCCAGGGCAGCACGGAAAGCACAAUAGUCCUGAGCAAAGCCAAGGACAUGCAGAGAGGGGAGCUAGUGUAAGGUCGGCUCUCCGUACCCUCUCCUCUUACUGGCUACAAAGGGGUGUGGUCACUCUCUGGACACUCCCAUGCACAACAUAAAAUGUGUCUGUCUUCACUACAAAAGCAAAGCCACAUUACAAGAAGGAACCAAGCGGAGCAAAGCUUACAAAAUAACAUUUUAUUGACUGUCUCUCUCAUAAAAAGACAUAGCAAAGCUUUGUAGCGCUAUUUUGUACUUGUGUAUUACAUUCAAAUGGGAGAUGAUGAUGAUAUUAGCACAUAAGCUUUUUUUUUUAUUAUUAUUGUUUUUAUUUUCAUUUUCCCCCCCUUUCUUUUUACUCCUUUUUUGGUCAUGUGCUCUACAAAACACCAACACUGCACAAUCUGCAGGUUUAGGACGGGACUUGACGUUGAGAAUAAGUUUUUGCAAGACCGUGAUCUGUACACAAUUAAGAAUUUUUUUUUUUUUUUUUUAAGUAGUUGAAACAAAAAUCCAAAUCCUAGUGCCAAGGUUUUUGUGUGUGUGGGGGGGCUGGCGUGAGACUCGCAAUCAUACGUUCAAAUCAAAACACACAAAAGUUGCACUAUCUAUAUUGUGGGGAAAGAGAAGAGGCAAAUGUAAUGCAUGGUCUUUGUUGUUAAGGAAACUCCAAAGUUGGUGAUCUGUAGAAGCGGUAGGGUAUUCUCCUUACUUCUGCACAAGAGUUACUUAUAUCCAGCCUAAAAAUCCUCCUUCCCAGCUCUUAGUCCUCCUCAGUCUUUCAGACACUUCGACACCUCUUGAGGUCAGAUAUAUGCUAACAGAAUGUUACUUUCACUUAAUAUUGUCACUUUACAAGCAGAAAUAUUAUAAGGUUAUAAAGUAAUUACUUUUGUUGAGUGUAGACUUUUUUUUUUUUUUUUUU